CUCCCUCCCUCCUGCGGGCGGCGGCCGGGAGUGCCUCCGGCCUCCCGCGAAUUCCACACCCCUUGCGCAUAACAUGCGUGGCCACAGCGUGCCGCUGCUGCUCCUCUGCCUGCCCGCCUGCGCGGCCCUCGCACCCGCGCCUCGCCUCUCCCCGCCGGUGCGCCUCCCGCUUCAGCAGCGGCUGGCCCCGCGGCUCUCCGCUGUGGGCGACGAGGUGCCUGCCGUCGGCGGUGGCGGCGCGGCCGACGCGCGGCCACCCUAUUUGCUGACGGGCCUGCGGCGGCCGCGCUUCCGCGGUAGCGCCAUGGGCUGGCUGCACCGCACCGGGCUCUGGUACGUGCUGGCGACGGCCUACGUCGCGGUCGCCGCAGCGCUUGGGUCCUCCGCCUCGCCCGGCAGGCUUGCGCUGCGGGUGCUGGCGGCGGCGGCCACUUGCGCCAACGUGUGGAUCUCGGAUGGGUACCACAACGGGGACAAGCGCGGCGGCGACGCGUACACCGCCGCUGCCGAGACGGUGUGGCUGCGCUGGGACUAUGUCGGCAUCUCCUCGGUGCUGACGACGCAGCUCUGGCUCUGGUCGGCCAACUUUGGGUGGCCAGGUGCGACGGCGCUGCUCGGCGGCGUGAGCGGCGCGGCGAGCGCAUCGGUGCUUGCGCUCGCGCAGGCGGUCGUGCCGCGCAAGGCCGGACACACGGCCGUCAAGCUGCUGAUGGGCGUCCAGUUCGGCGUGCUGCUCGGGUACCUCGUGCGCGCCAUGUUCUGCCUCUGCCCGGCCGCCUGCCGCGUGAAUGCGACCAUCUUCUGGCUGUACCUGCCUGGCCUGGUCGCGUACGCCGUCAAGCGGCCGCAGCACGCGAGCUUUGGCUUCCACGAGUUUUUCCACUCCUCGGUCCUCCUCGGCCACUCGGCCUCGAUGCUGCUAGAUGUGGCAAAUUUGCUCUCGCCUUGCGUGGCGUGCCUGUCUUGACGCCAAUUUGUUGUUGCGUGGUGACUGUGCCUGUCUUGACGCGCGGCGGAGCAGCCCUGCGUUCUGGGGAGUGGCGCUGAGGGGAGCGUGCCCGGCGGCGGCGCAUCGCAUGGAGCAUGGCAUGGCGCAUGGCAUGGCACCGGAGAGUCUCUCCUUGACGCGCGAUACGAAUUGGCUUGAUCGGUUGAUGGCUUCCUGUCCGCCUGCGUAUCCGUGUGAGGAUUGCGUGAACCCGCACAUUUAAGCCGUUGGAGAGGGAGCUCACGGAGGUGGGGAAAAGCAUUAAAACGCUAAUGUUUGC